GGCAAAUGCAACUCUCACGACUUUUUGGACGAGUUCCUACAACGAUAUACACAUCAUGUCGUCAAACUAUGACGCUAUAGUGGAUUUGGAUCCGCCAAUUGAUACGCCCGAGGCACAGUUGGAAUUUCAAAAUUUCAUUCUCUCGGAAGAUCAGAAGAACGUGUCGGGAAAGGUGAAUCCACAACGAGCAGGACCUUCCUCCGGUGCAGAUUUCGGGUUCACGGCUCCUCCACCUCAGCAGCAGCAAACACAGGCCGCACCACAAGCACGCGGUGGUUUUUGGACGGUUGAAUAUUACUCUCAGUACUUUAAUGUUGAUACAACAGAUGUCGGGCAGCGCAUAGUCGCAACGGUUAUACCCAAACAGAAAUUUGCAGAUGUGCUUGGUACAAAUCCGGAUCUCUACGGACCAUUUUGGAUCGCAACGACCGUCAUUUUCGCACUCUUUGCCACUUCAACGGUGGCUGGAUGGAUCAACCACAAAGAGUAUACGUAUGAUAUGACGCUGCUGUCCUUGGCCGUAAGCACCGUAUAUGUCUACACGAGCGUGGUCCCGCUCGUCCUAUGGGGGGUUUUGAAAUACUUUAAAGGGCCGGCAAAUCUGCUAGAGUUGAUUGACAUGUACGGAUAUGCUUUGGCUGCCUGGAUACCUGUUUCGCUUUUAUGCAUUAUCCCUUCUGAGAUUGUCCGAUGGGUUCUAGUUGCUGUCGCUUUUGCCAGUUCAGUGUUAUUCAAGAUUCGUACAGUCCGACCGAUCAUAACUCAAACAAACGAUAAAAGAGCCUCGACACUUGUUUUAUCCAUCAUCGUGCUGUGUCAUGGGGCAUUGGUUCUGUUGUUUAAAUUUGUCUUUUUCCGAUUUGUAAUUUCGGUGUAAAUAAAAAGUAAUACCGAAAUGGGAAAUACCAUGGUCGUUUGGCACAAGUCUACGGCAAGUGUUCUUCCCCUCAG